GCCCAGGUCUGCCAAACUGGUCAAGAUCUCAGCAUACUGUACGGGCUAAGUUGUCAGUUUGAACUCGCCCAGCCUUUUAAUACCCGAAAGGAUCAUGUCUGUUUUGCGGUUCUACAGAAGAUCUGAGUCUGAAGGACGGCGAAACCUGCAGAGGAUCAAGCAAUUUUAUCCACAUGUCUCAAUAAAUAUAGAACUCUGCUACAAUGUUGAAUUGAAUGGUACUGACUCGUUAAGUGGGGAACAGAAGACUAUCCUGUGCUGGUUGUUUGCCCCUUCUCAGUCUUCAGCUCUGUCAGAUGAGCCUACACUCAAAGCCACAGCGCCAGGAGAAAGUCUGGUGGAAAUUGGCCCCAGGCUGAACUUCUCCACUGCAUGGUCUACAAAUGCUGUGUCCAUCUGCCAGAGUGCAGGUCUGAGCCAAGUGACCAGGGUGGAACUUUCACGUCGGCACCUCAUUAAGGAUGAGCAGAGUUUGCUGAAGAAGGACGGUGAGAUGCAGAAGGUGAUCAGUCUCUUGUAUGACAGUAUGACUGAGUGUGUCUACCACAAUCCUAUCACAUCUUUCAGUGUGGAUGUUCAGCCUCAGGAAGUGUUUGAGGUUGAUAUUCUGGGAAAAGGUCGUGCUGCUUUGGAGAAGGCCAAUGAUGAGCUUGGAUUGGCCUUUGACUCCUGGGACCUGGACUACUAUACUGCAUUGUUCCAGAGGGUAAAGAGAAACCCCACCAGUGUUGAAUGUUUUGACUUGGCUCAGUCCAACAGUGAGCACAGUCGGCACUGGUUCUUUCGGGGCAAGAUGGUGAUUGACGGACAGCAACAAAAGGACACUCUGUUCAGCCUAAUCAUGGGUACACAGCAGCACAGCAAUCAGAACAACGUGAUUAAGUUCUGUGAUAACAGCAGUGGCAUUAAAGGCAUGGAGCUGGAGUGCAUGUUUCCUACUGACCCUGCACAGGCCAGCUGCUACGAGACCAGAAACACUACAAGACAUGUCAUCUUCACUGCAGAAACACACAACUUCCCCACUGGUGUUGCCCCAUUUAGCGGUGCUACCACAGGUACUGGUGGCAGAAUCAGAGAUGUACAGAGUGCUGGACAGGGCGGUCACGUGAUUGCAGGGACUGCUGGGUACUGUUUUGGUAACCUCCACAUACCAGGUUUUGGCCUUUCAUGGGAGGAGAAGGGCUGGGAAUACCCAUCUAGCUUUGCUCCUCCACUGCAGGUGGCUAUUGAAGCCAGUGAUGGAGCUUCAGAUUACGGCAACAAAUUUGGAGAGCCAGUGCUGGCAGGUUUUGCCAGGUCAUUUGGAAUGCGCUUGGCCAAUGGGGAACGUCGGGAAUGGAUCAAGCCAAUCAUGUUCAGCGGUGGGCUGGGAUCCAUUGAAGAUAAGCAUGUAAAGAAAGAGGUGGCAGAGCCAGGUAUGGAGGUGGUGAAAAUAGGAGGACCUGUGUAUAGGAUUGGUGUGGGAGGAGGAGCUGCCUCUUCUGUACAGGUGCAGGGCGAUAACUCUAGUGAUCGUGAUCUUGGUGCAGUUCAGAGAGGCGACGCUGAGAUGGAACAAAAAAUGAAUCGGGCUCUCAGGGCCUGCUUAGAGAGAGCAGAAGGAAACCCCAUCUGCAGUAUCCAUGACCAGGGUGCUGGAGGCAAUGGAAAUGUGCUGAAGGAGCUGAGUGAGCCUGCUGGAGCCAUCAUCUAUACCAGCACUUUUAAGAGAGGUGACCCCACCCUCAGUGUUCUGGAACUGUGGGGGGCAGAGUAUCAGGAAAGUAAUGCUUUAUUGCUCCAGCCAUCUGACCGCAGUUACCUGGAGAGGGUGUGUCAAAGGGAGAAAUGCCCUGUUGAUUUUGUAGGCAAAAUUACAGGUGAUGGAAAGAUAGUUCUUGUGGAUGAUCUUUCCAACCCAGACAGUGGCAUGAACGAUGGCAGGAACCCUGUGGAUCUGGAACUUGAUUGGGUGUUGGGGAAGAUGCCUCAGAAGGAGUUUAAACUGGAUCGUCUGGCUUCCUCUCUGCAGCCUCUUUCUCUCCCUGCAGGCCUGUCUGUUUUUCCUGCUCUGGAGAGUGUUCUCAGACUACCUGCCGUGGCCAGCAAACGCUAUCUUACCAAUAAGGUGGAUCGCUCUGUAACUGGGUUGGUAGCACAGCAGCAGUGUGUGGGGCCCCUUCAUACCCCUUUGGCUGAUGUAGCUGUGGUCGCGCUAUCACCCUUCAGCCUCCAGGGUGCUGCCACUGCUAUUGGGGAGCAACCAAUCAAAGGGCUGGUUUGCCCAGCAGCGGGAGCACGAAUGGCUGUGGGUGAGGCCCUUACAAAUCUGGUGUUUGCCCGAGUCACUGAUCUUAAGGAUGUAAAGUGCAGUGGUAACUGGAUGUGGGCAGCCAAGUUACCAGGUGAAGGAGCUUGUCUGUGGGAGGCAUGUCAGGCCAUGUGCAAGGUUCUGGGUCAGCUGGGCAUCGCUGUGGAUGGAGGAAAAGAUUCCCUUAGCAUGGCUGCUCGUGUGGGUGAUGAAACUGUCAAAGCACCAGGCGCUCUGGUGAUCUCUGUGUAUGCUGUGUGUCCUGAUAUCACUGCUACUGUCACCCCUGAUCUGGACAACCCAGAGGGUAAAGGUGUACUGCUGUACGUUCCUGUUACUGCGGGUAAAUACAGGCUGGGUGGCUCUGCUCUGGCUCAGUGUUACAAUCAGAUAGGAGACUGCAGUCCAGAUCUGGAUAACCCUGACAUGCUUUCAGCCUGCUUUAACACCACCCAGACACUUAUUCAGGACCGUCUGCUGAGUGCAGGACAUGAUGUUAGUGAUGGAGGACUUAUCUCUUGUCUGCUUGAGAUGGCCUUUGCAGGAAAUCGUGGAAUCGAGGUGGACUUGCCAUUUGAAAAUGUUGGAGUGAUGGAGGCUUUGUUUUCAGAGGAGUUGGGGCUGGUGUUGGAGGUGUGUGAGAGAAACGUGGCAACUGUGUGCCAGAGUUACACGCAAGCUGGCCUGCUCUGCCACAGAAUUGGUACUACCUGUGGCUUUGGACAUGAUGCUAUGGUCAGAGUAAGUCUUUGUGGACAGGAAGUGCUGUAUGAGCAUCUACCCACUCUCAGGACAUUAUGGGAGAACACAAGCUUUCAGCUGGAGUAUCUGCAAGCCAAUCCAGUCUGUGUACAGCAGGAAAAGCAGGGUUUACUAACUCGCACACAGCCCUACUUCAAACUGACCUUCGAUCCUGCUGAAACACCCGUCGUUAAAGAGCUGGAUGUGGACAAGCCUCGUGUAGCAGUCAUCCGAGAGGAAGGUAGCAAUGGAGACAGAGAGAUGGCCGUCUCUCUGUUUAUGGCUGGAUUUGAGGUGUGGGAUGUCACCAUGCAGGAUUUGUGCUCCGGCUCCACAACUCUUGACCCGUUCCGAGCUGUGGUGUUUGUGGGUGGCUUUAGUUAUGCUGAUGUACUGGGGUCAGCCAAAGGCUGGGCAGCCACUGUCACCUUUAACACUCGUGCCCGUAAGGAAUUUGAGCGUUUUCGACAUCGGAGUGACACCAUAAGUCUCGGAGUGUGCAAUGGCUGCCAGCUCCUCGCCCUGCUGGGCUGGGUUGGUGGAGCCGAGGAAGAAGGGUCUGUGGUCACACUGACCCACAAUAAAUCAGGGCGCUUUGAGUCCCGCUUUGUGAGUGUUGGUAUCUUACCCUCUCCAGCUAUUAUGCUGAAAGGCAUGGAGGGAUCAGCUCUGGGUGUGUGGGUUGCCCAUGGAGAAGGUCUGAUGCAGUUCCGAUCUCCCGAAGCCCAGCAGAGGCUCACCAGCGCCUCUUUGGCCCCUCUGCGCUAUGUGGAUGACUCUGGAGCCCCCACUGAGGCCUACCCCAUGAAUCCUAACGGUUCAGCUCUGGGCAUAGCAGGCAUCUGCUCACCUGAUGGGCGCCACCUGGCCAUGAUGCCCCAUCCAGAGCGCACAGUACUGUCCUGGCAAUGGGCCUGGGCACCUGCAGAUCUCAGAUCCUCACUGCAGUCCUCACCUUGGCUCAGAAUGUUUCACAAUGCUGCUGCCUGGUGUAAAACCAUUACAGAGUAAAUAAAUAUAUCUUUGCCACUCUA